CUUCUCCCACAGUGGGUCGGGUAUUCGCUGGUUACUGUGGUGUCAACGAAGCGUGCAGUUCCUUGGCUUUCAACACCCCGAUAGCGUUGCCCUAGUUCACACAUAGGCCCAUAGUUCAAUGGACACGCACCAGUGUGGCGUUUAGUAGUCCAGCCCGUGUCGUAUGUUGUGUGUUUUUUUUUUACUCGAGUCAUCGGCGUCUGCCACGUGCCAUCCUUGACCGUGCGGGUUACAUCUUCUGCUAACGGAGCUGGUGGUGCCAUAAGGCCUGUUUGUGUUCACUGGUCCAUCUAACGGAAUUGGUGACGACAAACGUUUCAUGUGUUGACUUCCUGGGAUUUAAAUAAGUACCUGGAUAUUCUUACAUUUGUGUGGUCAUCUGGUAGCACAUGCCAGCUAUCAAACUUUUAGUUGAAAGAAAAGGAAAAAAAUGUUGGCCAAAAAACUGCUGAGCUUCAAGCCGAGCUCGGCGGAGAACUUUGACAAGUUUCAUGACUCCGAGAAGAUGAACAGCUCGCUGGACGAGAGCGGGGACGAGGCCUACCGGGCCAGGGCGGGGAGGAAGCGGCACAGUGUCCAGCUGGACAAAAAACAGCUGCUCAACCUGGACAGGAGGUCCAGUACCGUUAGCACCGGCACGGCUGAUUCCCUCUCCUCCUACACUGGCAGCUCAUCCGAUGAAGAUGAUAUCAGCCCCAGGGAAAAGGCCCAGAAAAACUCCAAGGGCUUCACUGACUUCUGUGUUAAGAACAUUGACCAUGCUGCUUUUGGUAGGAGAGAAAUUGAGAUAGCUGAACAAGAGAUGCCUGGCCUGAUGGCACUAAGACGGAGAGCUGAGGCAGACAAGCCUCUACAGGGGGCCAAGAUCAUUGGCUGCACACACAUUACAGCUCAGACUGCCGUGCUGGUGGAAACCCUAGCUGCACUGGGCGCCUCCAUCCGCUGGUCUGCUUGUAAUAUUUACUCCACUCAGAAUGAAGUAGCCGCCGCCCUGGCAGAGUCAGGUUUCCCUAUCUAUGCCUGGAAGGGUGAGACAGAGGAGGACUUCUGGUGGUGUAUUGAUAAGUGUAUCAAUGCUGAGGGAUGGCAGCCAAACAUGAUAUUAGACGAUGGAGGAGAUGCCACCCACUGGCUAUUGAAGAAAUAUCCUGCCAUGUUUAACAUGGUCAAAGGCAUCGUUGAGGAGAGUGUGACAGGCGUCCACAGGCUGUACCAGCUGUCAAAAUCUGGCAAGCUCACGGUGCCAGCCAUGAAUGUCAAUGAUUCCGUUACUAAGACCAAGUUUGACAACUUGUAUAGCUGUAGGGAGUCCAUCCUGGAUGCGUUGAAAAGAACAACUGAUGUUAUGUUUGGUGGCAAGCAAGUUCUAAUCUGUGGAUUUGGUGAGGUUGGCAAGGGAUGCAGUCAAGCACUGAAGGGACUUGGAGCUAUAGUCAGUGUGACAGAGAUUGAUCCAAUAUGUGCUUUACAAGCAUGCAUGGAUGGUUUCCGUGUUGUGAAGCUGGAUGAAGUGGUGCGCAAUAUAGACGUCCUGAUUACCUGCACUGGGAAUAAAAAUGUUGUGAUGCGCAGCCACUUGGAUAGACUAAAGAACGGUUGCAUUGUGUGUAACAUGGGUCACUCCAACACAGAGAUAGAUGUGGCUAGCCUGCGCACACCUGAGUUGACCUGGGAGAAGGUCAGGUCACAGGUGGAUCAUAUAAUCUGGCCUGAUGGCAAGAGGAUUAUCCUGUUGGCUGAGGGUCGCCUGGUGAAUUUAAGCUGCUCCUCUGUGCCAUCUUUUGUUGUGUCUAUAACAGCAACAACCCAGGCUCUUGCCCUCAUUGAACUCUUCAAUGCACCAGGAGGCCGCUACAAACAAGAUGUUUACCUGCUGCCUAAAAAAAUGGAUGAGUAUGUAGCUAGCCUGCACCUGCCCACUUUUGAUGCACAUCUGACAGAGCUGACAGAUGACCAAGCCAAAUACCUUGGUCUAAAUAAAGCUGGACCAUUUAAACCUAACUAUUACAGGUACUGAUCACGUAGACAGUAGACUCUAGAUGAUGCCUUGUCUUCUCACCCAUCAUUCCUGCCACCUUCAUCUUCAUCAUGUGAAAAUUGUCCUAGAUUUAUAGCCUCAUUUAAUUUACUUGUUUGUGGAAUUGUAACUUUGACAAAUUAAUAUUGUUCUGUGGGUGGCCAACAAUCAAGUUUUUUAAGUGACAUUGUAUUAAUUAAGUAAAUCAUUUUUUCUUAAAUUGUUUAUACAAAUGGUAUAUUAAAAUAUUAUCAUUAAAUAUUUAUAUCAUAAACAUAAGAGGUGACUCAAGAGAUGAACAUUGACACCAAUGGCUGACCUUCCAAUAAUAUUGCUAAUGUAUUUUGUCAUCUAGUUCAACAACUGCAGUUCUGACAGUGUCAAACUGAAUCUGUGAUGUAUAAAUUAUGCACAACUUUUUAUUUGCUACGACAUGACUAAUAUACCCAAGAUUGUUUUUGUCCAGUCAGUUGUAGUUAGUGACAAGAUCAUCAUAUCAUAUAUUACUCCAGACAUUUGUGUACAUUCUCUGGUCGACAUCACUCAACUCUUCCAUUUGAUUUUCAUGGGUUUGGUUCAUCUUUGUGUUGUCUUUUUAAUAUAUCAGCUGGUCACCCAGUACUUAGGAGGGGGUCCAUUUUGUCAAAUCAAGGUCCACCCGAUUUUUGGUUGCCUCAGAUGAAUGUAUAGUGGUAACCUUUGCACAAAGCUUUUCAUUAAGAGCUGUGCAUAGUGUAGUCACUGUCAAAGUUCUUGCAUUUAUUGUUCUUUUUUUGUAUGAAUGGAUGUACCAACUUCAAUUUGUGGUUGAUGGCAUUUAAUGGGGUGAGUCCAUUCAUUCCACCUUGUUCUAGAUCUCCAUCUUAUGAGCAGAUAAACUGCUGGUCAUGUGUGAAAGGGACAUGUAAUUAUCUGAUAUGAAACAGUCAAAUAAAAUUAACUUAGCAAUGUA